CAGCGCACAGUCCUCCUCCUCAGCUUCAGUUCACUAUUCAAGUGUGCACUGGGAAAACAUGAUAAGAUGUCAAGAGAAUAAAUAUGGGACGCAACAGAUUACUGACAUUUAAAGGACCUUAAUAUGGAAAACUGGGUGGUCUUUCAUUAGGUGGCAACUGCAAGUGGAUUUUUGUUGUUGUUGUUGUUUUGUUUGCCUCAACACAAUGUGUGAGGGAUGGAUGUGGGUCGGAUCCCAGUUGCUUUUUGCUGAGGAUACAAGAACUGGCGAGUCAUCAGCAUGAAUCACUGAGGAAAAUACAAACAAACUUUAAUCUCAAUGUUCGAUUUGACUUUGGAGGACUGACCAUGGUGAAAAGGAAGGGACUGUUUUCACUGGUGUACUUCAUGGGAGAGUUCUGGCUCACUUUGCAGCAGGUCCUGAGACUUGGUGGCAUCUUUGAAACUCUUGAAAACGAGCCCAUUAGUGUUGAAGAAUUGGCCUUUAAAUUUGCCGUGACCAACAUAAACAGGAACCGGACCUUAAUGCCAAACACCACGCUGACCUAUGACAUCCAGAGAAUAAACUUAUUUGACAGUUUUGAAGCCUCCAGAAGAGCGUGUGACCAGUUGGCUCUGGGAGUCGGGGCCGUGUUUGGGCCCUCCCACAGCUCCUCUGUCAGUGCAGUCCAGUCUAUUUGUAACGCCCUGGAGGUUCCUCACAUCCAGACCCGCUGGAAACACCCCUCAGUGGACAACAAAGAUAGCUUCUACAUUAACCUCCAUCCUGAAUAUGCCUUGCUGAGCAGAGCUGUGCUGGACAUAGUGCAGUUCUACAAGUGGAAAGCCGUCACUGUGGUUUAUGAAGACGCAACUGGACUGAUUCGUUUGCAAGAGUUGAUCAAAGCUCCAUCCAGAUACAGCAUUAAAAUCAAGAUCCGACAGCUUCCUUCAGGAAGCAAAGAUGCCCGUCCCCUGCUGAAGGAGAUGAAGAAAGGGAAGGAGUUCUUUGUCAUCUUCGAUUGCUCGUACCAAACAUCAGCAGAUGUUCUAAAGCAGAUUCUGUCCAUGGGAAUGAUGACAGAGUAUUAUCACUACUUCUUCACCACACUGGACCUGUUCGCCCUUGACCUGGAACCGUACCGCUACAGUGGGGUCAACAUGACAGGGUUUCGGCUGCUCAACGUGGACAAUCCUAAAGUGGCUUCGGUGUUGGAGAGGUGGGCCAUGGAGCGACUGCAGGCUCCCACCAAGGUCGAGACUGGAAUGACGGAGGGAAUGAUGACAACUGAAUCGGCUCUGAUGUACGAUGCUGUUUACAUGGUGGCUGCGGCCUCACAGCGCACCUCCCAAAUCACCGUCAGCUCCCUUCAGUGCCACAGACACAAACCGUGGCGCUUCGGCUCCCGCUUUAUGAACCUGCUCAAAGACACGCAAUGGGACGGUUUGACAGGACAAAUAAUUAUAAACAAGACAGAUGGUCUGCGGAAAGAAUUUGAUUUAGAUGUCAUCAGUCUGAAGGAGGACGGCUUGGAGAAGAUUGGUAUCUGGAACUCCCAGAUGGGCCUUAAUUUAACAGAAACCACCAAGGACUCUUCCACAAACAUUACAGACUCAAUGGCCAAUAGGACCCUUAUUGUCACUACUAUUCUGGAAAAUCCUUAUGUCAUGUAUAAAAAAUCUGAUAAGCCGCUAUAUGGGAAUGACCGCUUUGAGGGUUACUGCCUGGACCUGCUCAAAGAGCUCUCCAACAUUUUGGGCUUCUCCUAUGAGGUAAAGCUGGUGUCAGAUGGAAAGUAUGGAGCUCAGAAUGACAAGGGCGAGUGGAACGGCAUGGUUCGAGAACUCAUAGAUCAUGUGGCUGACCUAGCUGUGGCCCCUCUCACUAUCACAUAUGUCAGAGAAAAGGUGAUAGAUUUUUCCAAGCCCUUCAUGACGCUGGGAAUUAGCAUCCUGUACCACAAACCUAAUGGCACCAACCCAGGAGUGUUCUCCUUUCUUAACCCACUCUCUCCUGACAUCUGGAUGUAUGUGCUGCUGGCGUGCCUUGGUGUCAGCUGUGUGCUGUUUGUCAUUGCCAGGUUCACUCCAUAUGAGUGGUACAACCCUCACCCCUGUAAUCCAGACUCAGACGUGGUGGAAAACAACUUCACUCUAAUCAACAGUGUCUGGUUUGGAGUUGGAGCCCUCAUGCAGCAAGGAUCUGAACUAAUGCCAAAGGCCCUUUCAACAAGGAUAGUUGGAGGAAUAUGGUGGUUCUUUACACUUAUUAUAAUCUCCUCAUAUACCGCCAAUUUGGCCGCCUUCCUCACUGUGGAGAGAAUGGACUCACCGAUCGAUUCUGCAGACGACUUGGCCAAGCAAACAAAAAUAGAGUAUGGGGCUGUAAGAGAUGGCUCCACUAUGACUUUUUUUAAGAAAUCCAAGAUCUCAACGUAUGAAAAAAUGUGGGCGUUUAUGAGCAGCAGGAAAAACACAGCGUUGGUGAAAAACAACCGGGAGGGGAUUCAGAGGGUCCUCACCACAGAUUACGCUCUUCUGAUGGAGUCAACCAGCAUUGAGUACAUCAGCCAGCGUAACUGCAACCUCACACAGAUUGGAGGCUUGAUAGAUUCCAAGGGCUACGGUGUGGGAACUCCAAUUGGCUCCCCAUACAGAGACAAGGUCACCAUUGCCAUCUUGCAACUUCAGGAGGAAGGGAAGCUGCACAUGAUGAAGGAGAAAUGGUGGAGGGGGAAUGGCUGUCCAGAAGAGGACAGCAAGGAGGCCAGUGCUUUGGGUGUGGAGAACAUAGGGGGAAUCUUUAUUGUGUUGGCAGCUGGACUUGUCCUCUCAGUUUUUGUUGCGAUCGGAGAGUUUAUUUACAAAUCCAGGAAAAACUUGGACAUUGAGGAGGUGAGUGUUGGUCAGUGCGAGUGGCACAACAAGUAUUAGUAAAACCGGGGACUCGUUCAAAGACUUUAUUGCACCUAGUACACGUUUGUUAUUGUCUUUACAGGACUACACUAAUCAGAAGGCCAGGUGAAGUCUGAAUAAACGUAGAUCUUUUAAACUGCAAUGUUACAAUCAAAACAAGUUUUUAAAAGAGAGUUUUGUGUAGUGGUAGAUUCUAUAGAGCACACACACGUUAGUCUUGAUUGGAAGAAUACAUUAAAAUACUUGUUUUUUUUCUGAUGACAAA